AUGACACGCAAGGACCUUGAUGUAAUUGCUGCUGGAGCUGGAAUAAAAGGCCUGUCAGCUUCCAUCGCUCUCGCACCUGAGCGACACGCUAUGACAGUUUUCGAGGCAGCCACCCAGAUCCAAAAAUCAGAGCAGGAAUUCAAAUCACCACUCAAUGCCUCGCGGCUAUUAACUAUAUGGGGACUUGGCCCCAAUCGAGGCUCUGGGAUGCCAACCCCAGACCAACCGAAUAUUACGGUGGCAGGAUGGCCGGCUCUUGUCCGAAACUGCCACAGACAAGAACGAUCAGAUGUUGAGUGCCCAUGGCUCAACGCAUUACCAGAUCCAUGGCGCCACAUUGUAACAGAUGCUUCUUGCUCUCGCUGUCGAGCUCAUCGAGCUCAACGUGCGAGUAGUCGGGGGAUCUGA